CACCUUUUGCCUCUCACGGCCAGGAUGCCCAGCCUGACGACCGGGAAGGUGCUGGUCUCGGGUGCCAAUGGAUUCAUUGCCGCGUGGGUCGUCCGCUCGCUCCUUGAAGCCGGGUUUGCGGUGCGAGGAACAGUCCGUUCCGAGGCCAAGACUGCCCAUCUGCGGAAGGAGUUCGCCUCGUAUGGCGACGGAUUUGAGCUGGUUGUAGUCCCCGACAUAACUGCAGAAGGCGCCUUUGACGACGCCGUGCGGGACAUCGAUGCUGUCGCGCAUACAGCGUCGCCCUUCCAUUUGAAGGCGGUCGAGCCUGAUGAACUGAUCAUACCCGCGAUUCAAGGCACAGUCGGAAUUCUCAAGAGCGUGCUGAAGAAUGGGUCGAGCGUUAAACGCGUCGUGAUCACGGGCUCCUGCGCGUCCGUGCUGCAUGUCGCCACGGAGCCGAAAACGUUCAGUGAGGUCGAUUGGAAUGAGCAGUCUCCGAGAGAGGUCGAAGAGAUGGGCCGGGACGCUCCAGCCAUCACAAAGUAUCGCGCAUCCAAGACUCUAGCUGAAAGAGCUGCGUGGAACUUCAUGGAGGAACACAACUCGCAAGUAAAGUGGGAUCUAUGCGUCAUCAACCCGCCCUUUGUAUUCGGGCCGACAAUCCACGACACACCAACUCCUUCCGACCUCAAUACUUCGGCAGCGCAAUUCUUCACCAUGCUCACCGAAUCCUCCCCACGCGACACUCUCCGCAGCGGUGCGGCGUGGAUCGACGUGCGCGAUCUCGGAGCGGCACAUGUUGGUGCUUUUCAGAACGAGGAGGCCGGCGGCGAACGGAUAAUCGUCAGUCAAGGCUCAUUCGUUUGGCAGAACUUCUUCGACGCAGCGCCAGAGGUCUCCGCAAGAGGUUUCCAGUAUCAGAAGGGCAUUGCCGGGUGUGAUGUCGAGCCGCCCGUUGUCCACCACAUACAGUAUGACGCCCGGAAAGCAGAGAAGCUACUGGGUAUCCCGGUCGAGAGUGGCUACCGCAGUGUCGGAGAAAUGGUCCGAGAUACCGUGACGGAUUGGGAGGCCCGUGGAUGGGUUUGA